UCCAAUGUAAUGUGUACUGUAUGCUAUCCUCUUCUUCUUCUCCUUCCUUCCUUCCUUCUCCUCUCUCUCUCUCUCUGGCAACUGCAACAAACAACUCUGUCAUGGCCAAAUCUAAAACCCUAAUCCAUAUAUCUCAUUAGCUAAACAACACAAACACAAAAACAUGAAACCUCUACUGUCUAUUUUCCUACCAUUCUUCUUCUUUGCUAUCACUUGUACUACUGCUGCCAAAGCAUUAUCAUCAGAUAGUGAUAGUGAGCUUUUGCUAUCAUUCAAGGCUACCCUUACAAACCCUACCCUUCUAUCAAACUGGAAACCAAAUACAAGCCCAUGUUUCUUCAAUGGCAUUACAUGUAAUAAAGAUUCUCAAGUUUCAUCAAUCAAUCUUAUGUCUAUUCCUCUAACUUCAAACCUUACUUCCGUUUCUUCUUAUUUAUUGACUUUGAAUCACUUGGAGAAGUUAUCACUCAAGUAUACGAAUCUCACCGGGAAACUAUCAGCAUCCCAUUGCAGUCAAGUUUUAAGUGAUUUGGAUCUUUCUGGUAAUGGUUUAACAGGUUCUGUUUCAGACAUUGUAAGCUUAUCAUCUUCUUGUACGAGUUUGAAGAAUCUUAACUUGUCUAGUAAUGCUUUAUCUGGGUUUAAUGCUCAAACAAAGGGAAGCCUUGGGUUCGACUUUGAGUCGCUUGAUCUUUCUUCGAAUACCAUUUCUGGUCCGAAUGUAGUUCAAUGGCUUAUCUCACCUAGUUGUUCUAAUCUCAAGUAUUUGAAUUUGGCGGGAAAUGAGAUUUCUGGUAGUAUUCCGGUAGCUAAUUGUCCCAGUCUGGAGUUUCUUGAUUUAUCGGCGAAUAAUUUCUCCGGUAAGCUUCCGUCUUUCGGGGUUGGCAGUGGCGGCGCCGGGGGUUGCGAUUCAUUGCAACACCUGGAUCUUUCGGGUAAUAAGUUUACGGGUGAUAUUGGUAUUGGACUGAUUGGAUGUCAAAAUCUUAAACUUUUGAAUCUUUCAAUUAAUGAGUUUUCAGGGCAAAUUCCAUCAUUACCAACUGAGAAGCUGAAAUACGUUUCAUUGUCGACAAACAAGUUUGAAGGGGAGAUUCCUACACGACUGGGCGAAGCUUGUUCGAGUCUGGUGGCGCUUGAUCUUUCGUCUAAUCACCUGGUUGGUAAUGUCCCUGAUAAUCUAGGCUAUUGUUCUGCUUUAGAAUAUAUUAAUCUCUCCAACAACAAUUUGACCGGUGAAUUCCCUGGUGAAACACUAGUUAAGAUGACUAGUUUGAAGAGAUUGGUUCUUUCUUAUAAUUAUUUCAUUGGUGGUCUGCCUGAUUCAUUGUCCAAGCUUACAAAUUUGGAGUUGUUAGAAUUAAGUUCUAAUAAUUUCUCGGGGUCGAUUCCGUCGGGGUUAUGUCAAGAUCCUAAGAACAAUUUAAAGGAGCUGUAUCUUCAGAACAAUCUGUUCACGAGUACAAUCCCAGCGACUUUAAGUAACUGUUCUAAACUGGAGUCGCUAGAUCUCAGCUUCAAUUACCUCUCUGGUGAGAUACCUUCCAGCUUAGGAUCAUUGUCGCGGCUUCGGGAUCUAAUUAUGUGGUUGAAUAACCUCCAAGGUGAGAUUCCUGAAGAGCUUAUGUAUAUUAAAACACUUGAAAACUUAAUCUUAGAUAACAAUGAUUUGACUGGAACAAUUCCGCCUGGUUUAAGCAACUGUACUAAUCUCAACUGGAUAUCUUUGUCGAGUAACCGGCUUAGUGGUGAAAUCCCAGGAUGGAUUGGUCAGCUUAGUGGCUUAGGAAUUCUUAAGCUGGGGAACAACUCAUUUACGGGUGGCAUUCCAAUGGAAAUCGGAGAUUGUCGGAGUUUGAUAUGGUUGGACCUUAACAGCAACAAAUUAAGUGGGUCUAUUCCUGCAAGCCUGUCGAAACAAGCUGGUCAAAUUGGUGUUGGUUGGGUAUCUGGGAAGAGAUAUGUGUAUUUGAAGAAUGAUGGAAGUUCAGAAUGCCAUGGAGCUGGAAAUCUUCUCGAGUUUUCUGGAAUUAGACCAGAGGGGUUAGAUAGGGUACCUACAAGGAGUUCUUGCAACUUCACUAGAAUCUAUAUGGGCAAUACAGAGUACACAUUCAGUAACAAUGGGUCCAUGAUUUUUCUUGAUCUGUCUUACAAUUUGUUGGAGGGUAGUAUACCCAAAGAGCUGGGGAACAUGUAUUAUCUAUCUGUUUUGAAUCUUGGGCACAAUAGUCUCUCCGGUCCAAUUCCAAACAACUUGGGAAGCUUGAAAAAUGUUGGAAUUCUUGAUCUAUCCCACAAUAAGCUCGAAGGGCAGAUUCCUGGUUCCUUAUCGGGACUUACCUUGCUCUCCGAGAUUGAUCUUUCGUCAAAUAACCUCUCAGGGCCAAUUCCCGUGUCAGGUCAGUUGGCAACAUUUCCAGCUAGCAGAUACAAGAACAAUGCAGGUCUAUGCGGCUACCCUCUGCCUACUUGUGAUGAUUCAGACUCAAAUGCAUUGAAACUCCAGCAUAAAUCGGGCAGGAGGAGUGUUUCCAUGCUUGAGAGUGUAGGAAUGGGCUUAUUGUUUUCAAUUUUCUGCAUACUUGGUUUGAUUAUUGUUGCUGUGGAGACCAACAAGAGGAGGAGGAGGAGAAGAAGGCUGUCUGAAAUGUCUGAUCUUGAUAUUGAUAAUACGUCUAACUUGGGCAUGACCCAAACUAACUGGAAGUUAACUGGCGCAAGGGAAGCAUUAAGCAUCAAUCUCUCCACAUUUGAGGUUGAUAAGCCUCUUCAGAAACUUACGUUUGCAGAUUUGCUAAAAGCCACCAAUGGCUUUAAUGAUGACAGUAUGAUAGGAUCCGGCGGGUUUGGGGAUGUUUACAAAGCUCAACUCAAGGAUGGGAAUACAGUGGCUGUGAAGAAGUUAAUCCAAAUCAGCGGACAAGGAGACAGGGAGUUCAUGGCAGAGAUGGAAACUAUUGGGAAGAUCAAGCACCGGAACCUUGUUCCGCUGUUGGGUUACUGCAAAGUAGGUGAAGAACGGUUGCUAGUCUAUGAAUUCAUGAAAUUUGGAAGCUUGGAAGAUGUUUUACAAAAUCGAAAGAAGACGGGAAUCAGGCUGGAUUGGUCAGCCAGAAGAAAAAUUGCAAUUGGAGCUGCCAGAGGCUUAGCUUACCUUCACCAUAACUGCAUGCCUCACAUCAUUCACAGAGAUAUGAAGUCAAGCAAUGUCCUACUUGACGAAAACUUGGAUGCCAGAGUUUCUGAUUUUGGUAUGGCAAGGUUGAUGAGUGCAAUGGACACUCAUCUUAGUGUUAGCACGCUCGCAGGUACUCCAGGUUACGUUCCACCUGAAUAUUACCAGAGUUUUCAAUGCUCGACCAAAGGAGAUGUUUACAGUUACGGGGUAGUGUUACUGGAGCUGCUUACUGGUAAGAGGCCUACGGAUUCUGAGGAAUUUGGAGAUAAUAAUAUAGUUGGAUGGGUAAAACAGCAUACAAAAUCAUCAAUAACUGAUGUUAUAGAUCCAGAGCUCAUGAAAGAAGAUUCAAGCUUAGAGAAUGAACUAGUAAAACACGUAAAAGUUGCAUUGGCAUGUUUGGAUGAUCGACCAAGGCAAAGGCCAACAAUGAUACAAGUCAUGGCAUUGUUCAAGGAAAUCCAGACGGGGUCGGAGUACGACUCCUCUGCGACGGUCGACACCGAGGAAAGUUUUAGUGCAAUUGACAUGGUGGAUAUGGCAGUUAUAAAAGAAGAAAAAUGAUGAGAAGAAAUAUGGUGAGGAUUUCUACCACGCAAUUUUUGCUUCUUGAAUGGUAUAAAUAUUUUCUCUUUGUAUUUUCAAAUUUCCCAUGUAUUAUAUUUCUUCACUUCACAAAAUCUUAAUAUUAAUCAAUACUUGAAAAUUUGUCAAAACAUAGUAUUAACUUGUCUUUUGUUGGUUCCAGUAACUUGUUUUGUUUUGUUAGAUGGUUUUC